CUUCCACUUCUCUACUGUCCACUUUCGUGUUCCGUGUGCAGUCUUUCAGAAUGCCUCUAUUAGCGACCCAGCACGCAACCAUACCGACGACGGACCUCUUGACGUGGUCCUGGAAUAAUCGCCACGCCUACAAUCAAGAUAGGCCAAUCUAUGUCGACUGUACCAAUCCAGACCGCAGAAUUUCUGCUGCUGAGGCGUGGAGUCUCAUCCGCAAGCUUGUAGCAGGAUUCCAGCAUGCAGGACUACAGCCAGGCGAUUGCGUUUGCAUACAUGCUUUCAAUAAUCUCUACUAUCCUAUCCUCGUCCAAGGCAUCAUUGGCGCAGGUGGCGUUUGGGUCGGCACCAACCCUAGCUACACCUCGUUCGAGUUGCACCAUACGCUCAAGUUAUCCAAAGCCAGAUUCGUCAUCGCAGAGCCCGAGCUCCUUGCGACCAUCAGGGAUCCCGCUACCGACCUUGGAGUGAGAAACGUCUUCCUCUUUGAUGCGCAAAGCGGCCGCCGCGUUCCGGAAUUGCCGCACUGGGAAACUCUGCUCAAUCAUGGAGAGGCAUACUGGGUGUCUUUCGACGACAUGGCUACAGCCAAGAGCACUACAGCUAUGCUGCUUUUCUCGUCAGGAACCACUGGCCUCCCCAAGGCCGCUCAAGUGUCUCACUACAACCUCAUCGCACAACACACCAUCCUCUACGAGAAUCUGUUCAGGCCCUGGCCUUUUCCGGUCAGCAUGAUCACCUGUCUGCCCUUCUUUCACGCGGCAAAUGCGACCUAUGUCCACACCACCACGCUACGGUCCGGAUUUCCGUCUUACGUGAUGCGACGAUUCGACUUGUCACUUUUUCUGACUUCGAUGGAACGGUUCGCAGUGACUUGGCAAAUCCUUGUCCCGCCCAUCUUCAGCGCUCUCCUCAACUACGCCAAGACACACGGAAACGAGGUAAGGCAGGCCCUGAGGAGUGUCCGUACAAUUGGCACUGGUGCUGCGCCGCUAGACAAGAACACGCAGAACGAACUUCGAGCCUACCUUCCGCCCGGUGCGACCUGCAUUCAGGGGUGGGCAAUGAGUGAGACGUCCUGUUUGGCUUGCCUUUUCAUCCCACCCGAGGACGACGACACGGGAAGUGUAGGCCGGUUCUUGCCGAAUCUAGACGUCAAACUCGUCGACCCAGAGAAUCCAGACAAAGAGUUGCCGACGUACGAUGUCCGAGGCGAGCUGUGCAUUCGCGGGCCUACCGUGAUCAGAGGAUACCUUGACAACCCUGAAGCCAAUAGCCGUGACUGGGACAAGGACGGCUACUUCCAUACCGGCGACAUACUAUACUGUAAUGGAUCUACUGGUCUGUGGUACAUUGUAGACCGGAAGAAAGAGCUUAUCAAGGUUCGAGGCUUCCAAGUUGCGCCGAACGAGCUGGAGGUACGUCGCGGGCGGACAUUGCCGUCUCGAGCCGUCCAGAAUAUUGCUGACUGCCGUACCAUCCCACAGGGCGUGUUGCUGUCACAUCCCGCCAUACUGGACACCGCAGUCAUCGGCGUGAAAUCGAACGAUGGUGCGUCCGAGCUCCCACGGGCGUACGUUGUUCUGCGAGAAGGCAAGGACUUGAGCGAGUCUCACGUUCGUGGGUGGAUGGAGGAGAGGCUGGCGCCGUACAAGCGACUUGUGGGCGGUGUAAGGUUCGUGGAUGUCAUACCCAAGACAGCCAGCGGCAAGAUCUUGAAGCGCGUGCUGCGAGAGCAAGCGGUGGGUGAGAGGGAGCGGAUAUCGAAGCUGUGACGCAUCUCUAACAAGGAUGCGACAUGAGUUUACAAAGUCUCACUGAUGAUGUUCGCCCAUGUGGUGUCUAUCAGCAGUGACGCAGAGUCUGCUACGUUCGAUGUGAGGAUCAGGCGGACUUGUGUCAUCCAAGACGUAACUCGUUAGCAAUACAGUCCCACUGAAACCAGUGCUCAUAUAGUUCCAGGAGUCUCUCAGUGACACUUCUAACGC